AGAGAGGGAGAUUAUCUCGGGCUGUGAGGACGUUUCUUGUUGAUACUGAGCGAUUAAACAGCACAUAUGCGUAUUUAUUCUCGCCAAGGGUGUGUUUUACUUCAGAAAAAAAACUAAUAAUGAGAAUUCAUAGGAGGGGGGGGGUGCUUUUUAAGGAAGGAAACGUCGGUAAGGGCUUUCAGGCUUGCCGGGUUGCUGUGUUGACUCGCCCUGGCAACGGCAGUAAUCCGAGAGCUCUGGACGGUUGCCAUGGGAGCCGGAGCGCGCGGCACCUUCCCCCAAACUGCCAUAUAAGGUCAUCAGGAAUCCUCUGCACCAGCUGCCGCAGACGCCCUGUAGAUGUGUAUCUGGGUGAAACUAAUCAGUGUGGCUGCUUCAGGCUGCUACGCCAUCCCCUCUCCCCCUGUCUCCGUGUCCAGGCUUAAAAAAAACCGACGGAUCACCGUUUUCCGACUGCUUUGAAAUGCUGAAGGCCAGAUAAAACAAACACACGAGAUGUUUUUCGACCAUUUGCUCGGGGGAAGGAGCUGGAAUGGGGCGGUGUGUGGUGGUGGUGGUGGGGAUCUCCACAACAUGGUGCCUUUUACGCGCUGUGUUGCGUUGUGUUUGUGUGUGAGCGUGUGCACAGUGCGUGCCAGGACACAGAAGGUCGUUGUAGUCGUUUUUGUUUGGUGAGGCCUGUUGGUCCUGUUCUUCUUUCCCAGCUCCGGUUUGCCUAAUGUGCAAAUUCCUCCAUUUGCAGGUCACGAGGCUGUAAACACCGCUCCUCCUGCUCCUCCCCCACUCCCUCGCUCUCCCCCUCUCUCAAUCCUUCCUUAUUAGAUCACCACUUUACGUACGCUUAUUCAGUUCAGUGGCGAUCACAUUUUGUUUGUGUUGCAAAGGUGAACAUGUGAUAUCAGGUGUGUGUGUGUGUGUGGGGGGGCGCUCUGUGUGAAUCCGAUAAUAGUGAUAUUUAUAGAGCUUUGUUAGAGGAAAAAGAGGGGGGGGAGAGAAAAGGAAGAACUCCUCCCCGGUGGGUUGCGCCUUUCAGCUUUGCGCGCUGCUGACAGUCUGGAAUAUUCCACACUGAAGAUUGGCCUCUUCUCUCUGGACAGCUGUCUCUCUGAAGGGCGAAUGACUAACUACUUUUUUUGACAAUUGUUCUUGUUUAUCCACUUACUGAGCAUGGGGCUUUUACGUGUGUGGACAUUUUGUACACCCUAAAGGACAAUUUAAUAACCUUCAUAGAGAUAUUCAUAUUUCAGGCUGCCAGUUUCACCUUGUGAGUCAAAAAAGCACUCAUUUUUUUUUUUACUAUUAUACAGGGUUUUUCCAUAGCUAUAUAAUGUGCAAUACCCUACGUUUAAAGGAGGUGUGUAGAUGUUUCUGGAGGCAGAAAAACAGUCAGUGCAGUUUCUCUCUUUCUCUCUCUCUCUCUCUCCCUUUCUCCCUUUCUCUCUGUCUUUGUAUGAGCAGGCUUUUAUUCUGAUGGAUUGUUCCCUGAAUCAAUCUUCAGCUCUUUGAAGCUUUUUGAAUUGCUUAUUCCAGGACUCUUCAAAAUGGUGGUACUGUAUUUAUUAUAAUUGAAGCUAAUUGUUUUUUUUCCCCCCUCUCAUCUUUGUAGCUCUCUGUUUGCAUGUUAGUGUAAUGGUUUGUGUUUUUAGUUUGUUUUCUUAUUCACUGGGCAUCCCUAUGUUUUGUAUGUGUUUUUCAAGGUGUUUAAAUAAAUAGAUUACAUGCCAAUUUCCUUUUGUUUUGUUGUGGAAACUGAAGCAGAUUGUGGUUCUAAUUUCAUGGUGAAUGUACUAACUUUUUAAAUGAUUGUAGGCCUUAUAGGUUUAAAACAGUAACCCAACCUGUCUUGCACCACUGGAAACCACUCUUAACAUUGACAGUGAGACAAUGUUGUCCUGCCUUGUCUCGGCAUGUUGUCCUGCAACAUGCCGAGACAAGGUGAUAGGAUCAUCUGGUUGUACAAGUGCAAGUGUUUUCAGGAAUAGUUACUUGUGUGUUUGCUUAAAAUAGGCAAAAGGCAGAGACAACAUCUCCUCUUAAAGAGACAGCUUUCUCCAAAAAAUGUAUACACUCCCACCCCAUCACCAAUAACUGCAUCCAUCCUUAACCAAACAAGUCAAAUGUAACCUCCAAAAAUAGUUAAUAGUGUGUUAGAAUUUACUCAUAUGCAUAAUGAGAGAUGAUGAUCCAUUAGAGAAGAAUCCAUUCUUACAUCCACACUCAUCUGCUCUCUCCUGACACCCAUGGUGACCUACAGACUUGUUCAAAAUGUCAUUUUAUUGCAUGGAUAUCAUUCGAUACAGUUACUGUCAAGACAACGCAGUGUUGAAUGUGAAUCUUUGAAGUUAUUUGUCACUACCUCACCUUCGUCUCCCAUCAGCGUCCCAUUUGAAAAAAAGAAUGUGUUGCAGUGUAAAUAAGAGACACCGUGCAAUUUCUCACAAUGUUCUCUCCAACUCAGUCUCUUUAAGUCAUUUUGAUUGGAUACAUUACACCCUGGGAUGUGUGUGUGUGUGUGUGUGUGUGUGUGUGAGAGAGAGAGAGAGAGAGAGAGCAGUUUGUCCUGACGCCCAACUUGUGAUGUCACUGCUUUGACGCAUGACAUCGUCCUUGUACAGUAACGACGCCUAAAAAUGAUCACAUGGAUAAAAAAACAGAACAGCAACAGAUAAACAUUAAUCAGGAGAAGUGUACCAGUGCCUAAUCUGAUAACUCUAUGCUCGGAUACUGUUUCCAAUGCGAUGAAUUUAAUCAGUUUAAAUCCUAUAAUUAAAUUUGUUCUGUUCUAUUAUUUAGUGGAUUCCACUCAAAAGGAGUUUUUUCCCAUGAAAAUGCAAUGAAAUAACCACAUUUGGCCAAAGUGGCAUGUGCUUGGUACACAGUAGAAUAUUAGAAGGAUAUGAAAGGAGCUUCAUCUGAGAGGAAGAGGAGGGGCUGAUUGUUUUACCUGUGCUUGUGUCUGAGAGAAGAUCCCACCAGUCACAAUGCUUUUGUAUCAAAAGCAGCAUUCAACUGACCAGACUUAACACUUAACAAUAAAGAGAUCAGAUUAAUGAUCUCGUCAGCCCAACUCGCUGACUCAUCCUUGGCAUUUCCAUUGUUUUUAUCAUGCACACCCCUGUGGAUGGAGGUAGAGCUUCACCUUGAGUAUCCACCCAUUCGAUGAAAAAAAAAAGAAAAGAAAAGAGAGAGAAGGCAUUCAUAGAGGAAGUAGCUUCAGCCACACUCAGAUAAUCCACAUGUGCAGUCUCGCUCGCUGCUGUUGCGGCUGCAGAUACUCAUACCCAGAGAUGCUGCUUCUCUAAGAAGACCGCCAACAGUGCAGGAGGAAAGCGUGCAGGGGGGGAAAGUGCUUCGAUGUGACAGGAACAGGAAGUGAUGAGCAGCUACCUGGUAAAACAUGAGACUCGUCUGUUCCUCUCUCAGCUCACUGCCUGAGACCUAUCUUAGCUUUUCCAAAUAUAGGGUUUCAACAUGUAUUUGACCUAAACUUGGGGGGGAAAAAACAAGUAUCAUCAGUCCUGUUCUGGCUGGCAUCUCUGUGACUGUUUGGAGGCAAAAUGACACAAAAUGGGGCCGUUGCUGGUACUGGUCCCCCAAAGAAGAAGGUAGAAGAACUCAAAAUUGUGAUUGUCGGUGAUGGAGGAUGCGGGAAAACAUCUCUCUUGAUGGUGUAUGCGAAAGGAGAUUUUCCAGAGAAAUAUGCACCAUCAGUGUUCGAAAAAUACUCCACCACAAUCUCUCUUGGAGGAAAAGAGAUACUCCUCAAGCUGUACGACACAGCUGGACAGGAGGACUACGACAGACUCCGGCCACUCUCUUACCAAGAGGCCAAUCUGGUCAUCGUCUGCUUUGAUGUGACCAACCCCACCAGCUAUGAGAACGUCAUGAUAAAGUGGUACCCAGAGGUGAAGCAUUUCUGUCAGGACAUACCGGUCAUCCUGAUUGGCUGCAAGACUGACCUCAGGAAGGACAGGGAGUGUACGAGGAAACUGAAGGCCUUGAAUCUGAGUCCCAUUACGUACGCACAGGCCGAGGAGACCCGGCAGCACAUGAAAGCAGAGCUCUACCUCGAGUGUUCGGCGAAGUAUCAGGAGAACGUGGAAGACAUUUUCAGAGAGGCCACCAAGAUGGCCCUGGCCUUCUGCCGGAAACAGAAGAUGUGUAGGAGGAAGAGGAAUUGUGUAGUUCUCUGAGGUCAAAGAUGAGCACCUAAGGCCGUCUAAAUUUGUAUUAAGAGAGUUUGGACGUUCAGGUAAUGUCCCAGGAUGUUUGGGCCUCACUGAAUCAUGACAGUGUUUUCCUUUUGCUGUCAAAUGAAAGGAGGACUAAUGAUGCAACAGGAAAAUCGGUUUUGCAAGACAUUGCAGAAUGGAGAUAUAGUGUUAUACACAACUUGAAACUCCUUGGGUGAAUGUAUUGUUUUUUUUUACUUUUCUAUGGGAAAAUGUUUUCUAAAUCUUGUUUUUCUUUUUUUUUAACAAAAGAUAAAACAUUACAUAUUUAUUAGAGGAGCCGAACAGUUCCCUCUUGUAAUGUCAACAUGGGUUUUCCUGUGGCUUUAACAGCCGCCGUUUAAAUGUCUGAUAAUAUGGUUUAAAAUCUGCUGGCAGAAAGCAAAUACACCGAGAUUCAGUAACAACGGCACUGUAGCUUGUUCGGGCUUGAGAAGAAGUAACAACAUGUUAACACCCUACAAGGUUAGAUCAUUUACAGUUAAACAAAUGAUAAAACUGUUUUGUCAACUGAAGCAGAGGGCUCUAAUCUUUACCAACAGUGCCCACUAGUGUUGUAAAAACCUGAAUGCAUCACUGUCAAAUAAAUUCAACGACCUCCGUGUCUCGGUGCACAAAAUACACAGAAAACGCUCAAAUAUUUGAAUUGCAUGUUCAGUUUUUUUUUGUUUUUUUUUAAUACUUUUUACAACAAUGUACAGAGAAUUUGUCAACCGUCUCUCAGGCACCAGUUACAAACUUGAAGAUGAAAGAUGUUUUAUGGCUACAUUAUCAACGAGAGAGGGGUGGGGGGGGUCUUAAAUGUGUUAUGUGCAUUCUGGCAGCGCUCACAUCAAAUGUAACAUCUGUGGUUUGUGACUCGUGCUUCAAUAAAUGUGAUACGUGAA